UACGUGUCCCUAACCCUAGAGUCCGUUAGAGCAGAGGAAUGUAAUGGGGUCUAGUGUGACAGGUUGUGUGUAAAUAAAGUUUCUCCGUGACCCUCUAUGGAUGUAACGAGGUCUGCGUAGGAGCCCGUAUUGUUUUAUGGUGGAUAUACAUGAUGGAAUGGAGCGAGUGUUGAGUUUGAGCAGUUGUGAGACGGAGUAGUUGAACAUUGAACGCACCAUUAGUCCGGAGAUAGCCACAGCCAGCAGUCCCACAGGCAGGUGGAGGAGAGUCACAGCAGAGUCAAGUGUUCCACAGUCCGACUGGAUAGGACAGCACAGGAGAAAACUGUCCAAGGAGGGUGAAAAGAAGCCAAAGGUGGAUUUUAAGUGAAACCUAUAAGUUGUAUCUGGCGAAGAUCACCUGAUUCCAGCAAACAUGAAUGGAAAACCCACCUGUGACGAGUGUGGGAAGACUUUCAUGCACAUGAUUAGCCUAAAGAGACACCUGCGUGUCCACAGAGGAGAAAAGCCAUUUGAGUGUGACCAGUGUGGGAAGACGUUCGCCCAAAAAAUUCACCUUAAGAUACACCUACGCAUCCAUAGUGGAGAAAGACCAUAUAAUUGUGACCAGUGCGGGAAGACUUUCACCCAGAUUAAUAACCUUAAGUCACACCUACGUAUCCACAGCGGAGAAAGACCAUAUCCCUGUGACCAGUGUGAUAAGACUUUCAACCGCAUGAAUAACCUCAAGACACACCUACGCGUCCACAGCAGAGAAAAACCAUUUGACUGUGAACAGUGUGGGAAGACUUUUACCCGAAUGAGUAGCCUUCAGGCACACCUACGCAUUCACAAUGGAGAAAAACCAUAUCACUGUGACCAGUGUGGUAAGACUUUCACCCUCAAGAGUAGCCUUAAGAUACACCUAUACAUCCACAACAGAGAAAGACCAUAUGGCUGUUACCAGUGCGGGAAGACUUUCACCAGAAAGACGGGGCUUAAAACCCACCAACACAUCCACAGAGGAAAAAAACCAUAUGGCUGUGACCAGUGUGGGAAGGCUUUCACCAACAUGAUGAACCUUAAGAGACACCUACGCUUCCACAGAGGAGAAAGACCAUAUGGCUGUUACCAGUGUGGGAAGACUUUCGUCAGAAUGAGAGAACUUAAAACCCACCGACACAUCCACGAAGGAGAAAGAUCAUAAGGCACAGACUAAUGUGAUGAGGCUUACAUCACAAUACAUUACCUCAAAAGACAUAGAGCCAUCCACUCUUGAGAAAGACCAUAUGACUAUGACCAGUGUGGGAAGACUUUCAGAGCCUUGUCUGCAUUAUUUUCUCACCAUCAUGUUCACCACAGGAAGUUGAUAUACCCAUGUGAUAAGUACACAGCAAUACUCUGGUCAUCCAACUCUUUCAACUGUCACCAACAGACCCGCACUGGAGAGAAAUUUUGUCACAGAUCUUUCAUCACAGGUUCACAAUGUACCAAACAUUCACAAAGUACAAAAACUGAACAACUGUACGUAAAGUAAGGCUGUAGUAACAAGUAGAGAGUCAGUGUCAUAACACACCAAAACAGAUUAAGUGUUUCAGAUGUGAAAAAAAGAUCCUUGUCAUCCUCUGCUCUCUUCUAUCAUCAGCACAGAUGUGAAUCAUCAACAUCUGGACCAAAAAGUACCUCAGCAUCAGAUGAGAAGAAGACACACUGUCUGAACCAACACCACCGACUUCUUUUGACAACAACAUCAAACUUAAAAACCGCCAGAUCUGGCUCCAUAGAGUCCAGAUGUGAAGACAAACACCAGACUGAAAGCUGUGUUUUGUUGUCCUCGAAGUAAAGAAGUGUGCUCUAAUGCACCACCUUCACAAAACAGUGAUGUUACAGAACCUCAACCUGACACAAUAUGUAAAGUUAAACUAGUGGAGGUCAACAAGGACGUGGUUUCAAUGGGGAUACUACUUCUGAUUGACUUUGUGGAUGUUUAAUCAGUCAUUUCUUGUGAUUCUGUUGCUGGUUGGGGUUCACACCUGUUCAUUGUUCACAAAUAAAACCAGCUACUCCUGGAACUAUUAAAUGCAAUUGUUCUAUGCAGUUUAAGUUCAUCCCCCAAAAAUCUUCUACUCAUUUUUUUUCUCCACCAACUGUGCAUGUGUGAAUUAACUGUCACACAGCCUGAAGAACACCAUUUGUUGAAGGUGUCAGAGUCCUGAAUUCAUGUGGUUUUACAUCAGUCAUAAACAACAUGAUGAACAUAAUAUGGAUGAGACAGAAUGACUGAUGAGCUGGUAGUGGUUUAGUCUCAAACUGAGGCCAACAACAUGAAGGAGAUCACAUUCCAGUUGAGGAGGAAGUUCACUAUCACCAGAGGAGACAUGACAGACUGAGUGUCAGACAACGUCAUGAGUCAGUGCUUCAUGUAGUGGUCCAGUCUGGUACUGGUCCAGUCCAGUGUUUUCCUUCACAUCAAACUGGUUUCAACAUUUUUACCCUGGUCUGACCCAGACCUGCAGAAUUUUCUUGAUUUGAUUGAAAAUGUGUUGAACUGCAGAUGAAUGUGUAGUAAAAAAGAAUACUUGAUGUAUCAGAAAGUUCAGGACAUCAAUGGAACUGAUACAAACAUUUUGUCAUGUUUUGUUCUAUAUUCUACUUUAUCGCCUUGUUUUAUUCUAGUUCUAAAGUGGACCUCAAACAUGAGACAAAAGUAUUUUCCAUAAUCCCCCUUUAAGGGAAUCUGCAGAUUAUUUGUUCAGUUACCUCUUAAUGUAACUUUUUCCAGUUAUCAGUUCAGGUUAUGUUAUUGUCACAUCUGUAUCAGUGGAAUAUGACUCUGUCUUGAUUUGAUGUGUUGUCAUAUGCAUCACUGGGUGUUUCUUAAGUGUUAUUAAAACAGACUCACUUACGUUUAGAUUUUCUUGCUUUGUUUGACAGUUUUCCAGCAGGUUAUGGUGAUGAAGGAGUGUGAAAUGUGUGUGGCACAGAUUCAGAUGUUGAGUUGAAUGUUGAAAUAUGUCCUACACACAGCACUGGGAGUAUGACUCUGUUUAUGUGAAGGUUAGAGUUCUUCCCAUCCUUCUGCUGUUGGAUCAGACUGUCAACAACAUGGCUUCCAUAUAUAUACUUUGACUGAACUCAUAUACAACUACUAACAAUUACAAACUAUCACACAUUCUCCCACAUGGUGAAAAAACAGCUACUCUCAAACCAAACCUGUAGCCAUAAUGUAAUGUAAUUAUGCUUGGAGUGUGUCUGACGGGCUUCAGUGGAACCAAUAAGAGUGAAUGUUUGGAUGUGAAUGAAUAUUUUAUAUAGAUGGAGUUACAGAAAUACAUUUUUUACUGAUUUUAUAUGUCUUAGUUUUUAUUAACAUCUGUUUAUUUUUUUAAGGAUAACAUCAGCCUGCCCAGGGACUGCAGAUGGAAAUUAACACUAGUGCUACAAUCUGGCACACUACGUCUCUCCUUUUUAAGGUUAAUGUAUAUUGUGCAUUGUCCCUGUCUAAAUGAAUAAAUAAA